CUUUCACCAUAUACGCAACGAGGCAACCAUUAAACUCCGUUCUUGCGUUCAACGAUGGAUGUCUUCUACGCAUAUACAUACAGCACAGCGGCAUGGCUAAGCCUGCAGGGCAUUCCGCUGGUCGCAACUCCCAAAAUGAUCAUCAUGAUUCUGCUCGAUGAAUCGCGUCCACCUGCGAUGCUCGAAAUCUAUUUCGCGCGGUGUUUCGGCCUAAGCCUCCUCGCCAUCGCCGCCAUGACCAUCAUGCUCACGGGCUCGAUACCCCUCUCCUCAUCUGCCGCAUACUCCAUCUCUACAGAAGAAGAUGACCCUAAGGCACCCUACGCCGUGCCCACGAUUCUCAUGUCAUCGAUAUUCCACGCCUCGUCAGCCUGCUACACAUACGCCUGGUUCCAUACGACAAGGCAGACGGGUUUUGCGCUAGCAAUGGUGAUGUAUGGCGGGUUGGCGUCGGUGGGGCUGUGGUGUUUGUUGUUUGCUAGUAGUGAUGGAAGGAUUAGCAGGAGGACUGGGGCUGAUAAGAGGACGUCGGGGUUCCCUUUUAAAAAUGAGCAGGCGGAUAAGAAGAGGCCGGGAAAGAAGAUGCUCUAGGCCGAGACGAGGAGUUUGGAAUCCAGGGUUCAUCUCCACCUUUUGUGAUCCGCGAUAUGCUGGUCGACGAGAUGCGAGCAGAUCGAGGGAUAUGAAUUAUUUCCCAUAACGACG